CUAUUGGCCGCUCGUCAGUGUCGUCACUUCCGGGAAGACGGAUUUGGCGCCGAAUCGCUUCUCCGAUGAAGCUGUUGUGAGAGGCGAGGAAGUGCGCGAGUUUCAGAGUAUGGCUCCGGUUUCCAGCGCGGACAAAGGUGUGGAGGGCGGAGACGGCGAUGCCGGCGGCGCUGCUGGAGAUGCCUGUGGCCUCGCGGUGUCCCGCUCGCGGAGGGAGAGGAAGGACAAGGCGGGGCGCAAGGCUGCCCUGGAGCAGCUCAAGAAGGCCAUGAAGGGGGAGAAGGUCAAGUACGAGGUCGAGGAGCUGACGAGCGUCUACGAGGAGGUGGACGAGGAGCAGUACUCCCGCAUGGUCCGCGAGCGGCGGGAUGACGACUGGAUCAUCGACGACGACGGAACGGGUUACGUGGAGGACGGAAGGGAGAUUUUCGACGAGGACCUUGAGGACGACGCGCCGGAUGCGGGUGCGAAAGGUAAAGGGGCUGGCAAAGGGCCGGGUUCCAAGGAUAAAAAGGUGUCCAGGAAGCCUGUCGUCAGCAAAUCCAGCAGCAUCAAGAGCAUGUUCAUGGCCAGCAGCGCGAAGAAAGCUGCGGAGAAGGACGUGGACCUGUCGAGCGACGCUCUGCUGGGGGACAUCCUGCAUGACUUGCACUCAGAAAAACCACCCGUCGUCACACCCCCGCCAGUCGUCGCUCUCCGCAAGAAGAAGGUUACUGGGAACCCCAUGAAUCCGUUUUCCGUCAAACCCCGGACUCCUAAGAUGUCUGUACAUGUAUGUGUCCGUGAGGGAGGUCCUUCUGCAGUGGUGUUGAAAGAGCAACUAGUUGCUCCUUCAGCCAGGACAUCUGCUGAAACCCCCUCAGCCGAACCCCCUGACUCAGCGGGCAGCAGGAAGGCUGGCGUGAUGGCGGAGGAAUCCGAGCAAGCCGAGGACCACGGUGCCCUGCAGUUUGAUGAAGGUGACUUUGACGAGCCCAUGGAGGUGGGUGGCGACGGAGGCGGUACGGAGGCUGUGGUGGAACCCGAAGUAGAACCGAACCGUCACGCCCACGAUCUCCUGUUGCCCCUGAACGCGUUGGGCUCCUCCUGCUGGGACGAUGGGGUAGACAGUGAGAGAAGCGACCCUGCGGUGCUGGAAGUGCAGGUGGACUCCAGCCACUUGCCGCUCGUGGAGGGGCCCGACGGGGACACGGUGUUCCGCUUCUAUUGGCUGGACGCCUUCGAGGACCAGUACAGUCAGCCUGGCGUGGUCUUCCUCUUCGGCAAGGUGUGGAUUGACUCGGCGAAGGCGCACGUCAGCUGCUGCGUAGCGGUGAAGAAUGUUGAGAGGGUCGUGUACCUGCUGCCCCGGGAGCUCAAAAUGAACCUGGCGACGGGCAAGGAGACAGAGACUCCUGUCAGCAUGAUGGACGUGUACCAGGAGUUCAGUGACCUCUCGGAGAAGUUCAGGAUCUUCAAGUUCAAGUCUAAGAAAGUACAGAAGAGCUACGCCUUUGAGAUUCCAGACGUUCCAUCACAGUCCGAGUACCUGGAAGUGCGCUACUCGGCUGAGAUGCCUCAGCUGCCCUCGGACCUGAAGGGGGCGACGUUCUCCCACGUGUUCGGUACCAACACCUCCUGUCUGGAGCACCUGCUGCUGAGUCGGAAGAUCCGUGGGCCCUGUUGGCUCGACAUCAGAACCCCCCAGCCAAGCAGCCAGUCCAUGAGCUGGUGCAAGGUGGAGGCUGUGGCUCAGAGGAGCGCCCUUAUAGACGUGGUGCGGGACCUGCCCCCCCCUCCGCUUGUGGUCAUGGCCAUCAGCAUGAAGACCGUGCAGAACAACAGGACUCAUCACAACGAGGUUGUGUCCCUUGCAGCACUCGUCCACCACAGGUUCCCCCUGGAUAAAGCACCUCCAAGACCUCCCUACCAGACUCACUUCUGUGUGGUGAGCAAACCGAGCGACUGCAUUUUCCCUUAUGACUUCAAGGAUGCCGUGCGCAGAAAGAACGGCGCUGUGGAAAUAGCCGCCACUGAGCGCACCCUGCUGGGCUUCUUCCUCGCCAAGAUGCACAAGAUUGACCCUGACGUCAUUGUGGGACACGACAUCUACGGAUUCGACCUGGAAGUGCUUCUGCAGAGGAUCAGCGUGUGCAAGGUGCCCCACUGGUCCAAGAUGGGUCGCCUGCGCAGGUCAAACAUGCCCAAGUUGGGGGGCCGCGGCGCCUUCGCCGAGAGGAACGCCACCGCUGGCCGCGUCGUUUGUGACGUGGAGAUCUCGGCGAAGGAGCUCAUCCGCUGCCGUAGCUAUCACCUGUCCGAGCUCGUGGCCCAGGUGCUGAAGGCCGAGAGGGUCUCGGUGCCCCAGGAGAGCCUUCGGAACCUGUACAGCGACUCAGCUCACCUGCUCCACCUGCUGGAGCUCACUUGGAUGGAUGCCAAGUUCGUCCUGCACAUCAUGUGUGAGCUGAACGUCCUCCCACUGGCGCUGCAGAUCACCAACAUUGCCGGAAACAUCCUGUCUCGAACCCUGAUGGGAGGUCGUGCAGAGAGGAACGAGUACCUGCUGCUGCAUGCCUUCCAUGAGAAGGACUUCAUCGUUCCGGACAAAGCGCUCUUUAAGAGGCCCCUGCAGGACCCGCUGCAGGAAGACGAGGAUAUGGAGACGGGCAAAGGGAAGUCGCGGAAGGCGCGGAGGAAGGCGGCAUACACUGGGGGGCUGGUGCUCGACCCUGCUGUCGGCUUCUACGACAAGUUUGUCUUGCUGCUGGACUUCAACAGCCUGUACCCUUCCAUCAUCCAGGAGUUCAACAUUUGCUUCACCACCGUCACUCGCAGCAGUGCCGAGCAGGCCGACGACCCAGAUGAGAUCCCCGAGCUUCCGGAACCAGACCUGGAAAUGGGGAUCCUGCCCAGGGAGAUCCGGAAGCUGGUGGAGCGGAGACGACAGGUCAAACAGCUGAUGAAGCAGCCGGACCUGAACCCUGACCUCUACCUACAGUAUGACAUCCGCCAGAAGGCCCUGAAGCUCACGGCCAACAGCAUGUAUGGCUGCCUGGGAUUCUCGUACAGCCGCUUCUACGCCAAGCCGCUCGCUGCCCUGGUGACCCACAAGGGGCGUGAGAUCUUGAUGCACACCAAAGACAUGGUACAGAAGAUGAACCUCGAGGUCAUCUAUGGUGACACGGACUCGAUUAUGAUCAACACCAACAGCACCGAUCUGGAGGAGGUCUACCGGCUGGGUAACAAGGUGAAGAGCGAGGUGAACAAGCUGUACAAACUUCUUGAGAUCGACAUUGAUGGAGUGUUCAAGUCUCUGCUUCUACUGAAGAAGAAGAAGUAUGCAGCUCUAGUGGUGGAACCAACUGCCGACGGUCGCUACAGCACCAAGCAGGAGCUCAAGGGCCUAGACAUCGUGCGCCGGGACUGGUGUGAUCUCGCCAAGGCCUGCGGCAACUACGUAAUUGGGCAGAUCUUGUCGGAUCAGAACCGAGACGCCAUCGUAGAGAACAUCCAGAAGCACCUGCUGGAGGUGGGGGAGAAGGUUUUGAAUGGCAGUGUGCCGCUCGCACAGUUUGAGAUCCACAAGGCCCUGACCAAGGACCCUCAGGACUACCCAGACAAGAAGAGCCUAGCCCAUGUCCAUGUGGCCCUGUGGAUCAACUCCCAGGGGGGCCGCAAGGUCAAGGCAGGGGACACGGUGUCCUACGUCAUCUGCCAGGAUGGCUCCAACCUGAGCCCCAGCCAGCGUGCCUAUGCCCCAGAGCAGCUGCAGAAACAGGAAGGCCUGAGCCUGGAUACACAGUACUACUUGUCCCAGCAGGUUCAUCCAGUUGUGUGCAGGAUCUGCGAGCCCAUAGAGGGCAUCGAUGCCGUGCUCAUUGCCACCUGGCUCGGUUUAGACCCCUCCCAGUUCCGUGCUCACCAGCAGCACCGGAGGGAGGAGGAAGGCGACGGGCUGCCAGGGGGCCCUGCCCAGCUCACCGACGAGGAACGAUUCCGAGACUGCGAGCGCUUCCACUUUGCCUGCCCGCAGUGCGGAACCCAGAACAUCUACGAUUCCGUGUUCGAGGGAGCGGGAUUGUCGCUGGAGCCGAGCCUUUCAACCUGCUGCCACGUCCCAUGUUCAGGCCACCCUGUCCAACACUCGGUCCACAUCGCCAACAAGCUCGUGCUGGACAUUCGACGCUUCAUCCGGAGAUAUUAUAGCGCAUGGCUGCUGUGUGAGGAUCCAGCGUGCCAGAACCGCACCCGGCGCCUGCCUCUGGCCUUCUCGCGCUCGGGGCCCAUCUGCCCUGCCUGCACCAAGACGACUCUGCGUCCCGAGUACUCGGAGAAGGCCCUUUACAACCAGCUCUGCUUCUACCGCUUCGUCUUCGACUGGGAGUACGCGGUCAACAAGGUGCUGCCGCCCGAAGAAAGGGGCUAUUUCAAAACCAAGUGGAAGAACCGCUGGGCAGAGGAGAAGGAGGUGUAUGGGAAGCUGAAGGAGGUUGCCGACCGUGCCUUGGCCUCCAGCAGCUAUUCAGAGGUGAACCUUGGCAAACUGUUCGAGACCUUCGUCUCGGUGAAGUAGCCUACCUGCAUCAUGCAGCCUGUUCCAUCUACAGGCUCUUUCUACCUGCAGCUGGCCUCUGACUGAGAACUUCCAGCAUGGAGACACUCUUGGGAAUCUUGACACAAAAAGCCCAAGGUUAUCAAAUGCAUGACGUUGUUUGGGUGUUUUCGUCUCCAUUGCCAUUUUUCAUGGAGCGCAAGCUUUGAAAACAUAUGUGCUGGUUGAAAGGUAUUUUAAAUACACAUGGUUUAAAUGUAUCCUUUUCUGUGAAAGUUUUUUUUUUUUUGCAAGAAAUGUGCUAAUCUCUGUUCCUUGUCAUCUUGAUCAGUUUCCCAAUGUCAUUUUGGAGAACCAUGUUGUUAACUCUGUGAGAUGUUUGAGACAUGUAUGAAAAUAAAGUUUU